AUGGGUGUGGUAGAUCUUGGCAGUCCCACUGCAAUCUUCAUACAAGGCGUCGAUGUUCGAAGGGAAAGGGUGCUUCCUCUUCUUGGUGGCCGCCAGGAGAACCUGGAGUAUGUGGACGAUGGGGCUCCCCUUGUUCUUCUUGUACCGGUAUCUCCUCGUCCCGGCGAGGAAGACUACGAUGGCGAUUAACAUGGCGAUGGAGCAAAUGGCGUAGGCCCAGCUCCGGCCGACCUCGUCCUGGAUGUAGACCAGCACGGUGACGGCCAGCAGUGUGCCGGUGCUGAUGAGGAAGAAGAAGCGAUUGAAGAAGAAGGCCAUCUGGACCUUCUCCCUCUCGUCCUUCUCGUCGAACUGGUCGGUUCCGAAGCCGGAAACGCUCGACUUCAGCCCGCCGGUGCCCAGUGCGAUGGUGUACAGUGCGAGGUAGAGGACUCCCAUUUGCAGCCCGUUGGCCCUCUCGCACACGCCGGCCAUGCAUGGCGGCGGCCGAAGGGACGGGAUCUUCGUCGACACAGAUAG